AUGUCUAUUUUGCUGCAAGAAACUGGUGGUGGCGGUGGUGUUACCAGUGGCAGUACGGUGGUAACCACUGCGGCUACGAUUCCCAACGAGGACGGUCCGGAAGGUACAUCCCUUUCCGCGCACAGUGUACCAGUGUCAAAGGAAACCUGUAUGGGUGAUUGUCAUUAUGGCCGCAGCUGGAAGGAGUAUGUGGAUCUGCUGGCACAGACGACCGUGGUGGAUGUGGACGAAAACGGUGAAAACGAAAAUCAGCCGGACACAACUGUUUCCUCUGAAUGCCAGCAGCAGCAUCAGCAGCAAAAGCACAGCGAACAUUCGUUUCCGCUCAACUGCUGCUGCCGCAUGUGUUUCGUGUCGCGGGAAGUGGUGAUGCAACUGUACGCCGAGGACUGCCAGUACAACUCACUGUGGGACCGUUUGCAGCUACUGAUGAAGCAGUACUACGAUCUGAUACCGGAAUCCGAGGAUAACGCGCUAUACAAUCAGUACAUGGAGCUGAUGAGCAAAUCGUCCCUGAAGUGGUUGACGGAUUUGCGCUUUAGCAGUAACAACAUGAUCCAGAUUUCGCUCGCAUCCAACCUGCCGCUGUCGAACGAGAUGGCGUUCGUGAUGCUCACGAACGUGCUGAGCACUCGCGAUCCGCAUCAGCUGUUCGAACUGCUCUGCUUCCAGCUCCGUUCGAUCGUGCAGGUGUAUUGCGUUGGGUUUGAGGAUCUGAUUACCGAAAAUCCGGAAGAUGGUAGCCGUCAGUUUAAUGCGCCCGAAGUGCUAAAGUACAUUGUGAACGGCUACCGGAAGUUGCGCCAGUCCGCCCGUACCGUUACGCCGCUGCUGAACGUGCUGGAGCAGUGCCAUCUGGGCAAGUUCGGGCUGACCUGGUGGUUAAUCAAUCAGCGCAUCUUCCAGCGCUACUUUUACUUCGAGGUGCAGAGCAUACUGCCCGAGUGUAUGCUUCGGCUGCGCGGUUCCCUGCCCGAGCGCGAGUAUCAGGAGCUGGUGGGCCGGUUUCUGAAGUUUGACAAGGAAAUGACGGACAUUUCGCUUUCGUGGGCCGAUGUGUGGCCGCUACUGCACGAGUACCAUCGGUCGCCGGAGGAUUGUGAGCGGCGCAAGCGUAUCAAUACGCUGCACGGGCUAAUGCAAGCGAUUCGUAGUUCUCGCUACACACCGAACGCACCGGAACUGUUCGAACAGCCCGAACGACCGAUCGCGGAAUGGUUAGAACUGAAGAACCGGAAGCUGGUGUGGCAGUACGUAGUGCACUGUUUGAAAACGAAAUGGAUACCGGGUGUUAGUUCGCGGCUAUCGAACGUGGCCGACACUAUCAAGUGUCCCGAAUGCGACCUGCCAAUCAACAAGCACAACAUCGUUUGUGCUUGCCUGUCAUGCAUUAUCGGUGGCGGAGUAUACACACUACGGCCGACAAAGGAAUUUAACGAGCGGCACGGCAUGUGUACGUGUGCCGAAAUGGUGAUCGAAAUGUUGUUCAAAAGCCCCGGCAAACCGAUACCAAGCAUUAGCGAGGAGGAAACUGGACCGCCAAACAUUCUUCAGCUGCUGUCCUCAUCGUUGCGACUAUCUUGCGGUGAAACGGCAAAGCCUAACGGAUGUGUGAAUGCAGCAACAUCCUCCCAAGACGAAGAACACAGUGCAGAGAAGCAUGACGAUGACUCCAAGGCAGACGAAUCGAAGAACGCGCUCGCUGCAAACGAAGCGGCCGACUAUCUGCCGCUAAUCGAAUCGUUGAGUGAGGAAGACGAGCUGUACCAUAUUGCGUGGGCCAUAUUUAAACAUCUGCCCGAUCGACAACCGUACCGGUGGAGCACAUUGGAACCGUCCCGGUUUUGCACGUUUCAAGCGUCGCCCUGUGCGUCGAUAGCUUGCCGUGUCGCGAUCAACAUUAUUGCCCUCAACUAUCCUAUCCAUCUGUCCCGAUUGCUGAUCCAUUCGUACCAACCGGUCAGUGAAGAGCCGCGCCGCAUCAUGAAGGGCAAUUGGAACACGAAGGCACGCAACUCGCUGCGCAAGCUGUGCGAUAACGCGAACAAGCGUUGGCACGAGGAGCUGGACGAUCAGAUGCACCCGUUGCAGUUUGUCGAUAUGUUUUGGUCGCUGCAAAAUUCUACCCUCAAUCUGCCGAAGACGCGUGCCUCCGAUCUGGCCGAAUGGUUCAUGCUCGACACGCAGCCACCACCGCGCAAUGUCUUCUAUCAGUAUUUUACGAAAUUUUUCCUCGUCAGCGAGGAUGACAUUGUGUUUGAUUUGGAGCGUUAUGAGCGGUACCGGGAACGAUCCGUGUCGCCAACACGGAUGGGAGAAUGUUUGAUGCAAAAGCUCGAAUCGAAUGGUGCGUUACUUGCACCGUGCACUGGCGCCUCGUCCGGCACAUCCUUCUCGUCUUCUUCGACGCCCUCGUGCCUGUCCGGCUCGAACUCAUCAUCAUCUUCAUCCUCUUCUUCAUCUUCGUCUUCAUCCUUUUCGUUUUCUGCUGCUUCGGCUGCAUCGGUGGCUGCGGCUGUUGCUGCGGCGGCUGCGACAGCUGCCUCAACGUUUAUCGAACCAAUGGUUAGCUCCACCGUCCAACUGCCUAACGGGAGCGGGGCAGCGGAGACCCGAGGCUGCACCUGUACGUGCAACAGUUGUGUGACAGAAUUUCUGUCCAAGUCAGAAUCGCUCUCGAAACAGUACGACCCAAUGGCGAGAGAUUCGUGGACCCAGCGCACAAACAUGUUAGAGAUGGAGCUGAAAGCACUGCUGAAGGAGCGGAACAGGUUGCUAGAAAAGGGUGGCGGUAUGAACCACCCGUGCAAAUUAGUGUUUUGUGAUGAAACAUGCACCGCUGCCGGCAUUUCGCACGAACUGUCAAAAGUGGAUUUGAAUGUAGAUGUACAAGAAGGCGAUCAAACGAAAGCAAUAGCUUCCACAACAGAGAAAACCGACACGACCGAUGGUAAUGCACCGGUUGAAACGCCGAAGAAAGAGAAUGUGAUAUCUUCGAGUUGCCGGGAAGAGGGUGGUGUCACUAUCACGCACGAUGCAGGUGCACCAGAACCAGUAACUGCCAUUUCUCCGUCAAAAGCGUCACUCAAUGAGAACAGUAGCUCGAAGUGUACGCCAAUUCCGUCUGCUGACUGUUCACAAUCGGCGGUCCAGUCAAAGCAUCCGGAGUUACAAACACCAGCAAAACUGUCCGCAUUUGCUGAGCUCGCUGCGAGUAAACUGCCGGCCCCAAAAGCCUCAAAAACUGCUCCAAAGCAGGAAGUAGGAUCCGCUUGCGGAAAUGCAUCAACACCUACAAAACCGAAGGCACUUCCUGGCGCACAGCGGCCAGCCACACCAACGAUCCAAACGCACACCAGCGGAAACAGCAAAUUGUGCCCGUGUAGUGUUUUGCCUUCGCAUAUAGGACCACCGCCAAAGGCUGGCACGGUCGCAAAAACGAGAGCGACGGCGACCCCCGGUACAGCAACAGCGCAGGCAACCACCACAACCAAUUCGAAGGAGGAUCACAAGAAAUCGUGCCAUCGUGGGACGGCACCACCGCCCAGUACGGCCGGUGAUAAAGCGGAAGGGUCGUGCGUUUGCUACUAUUGUACCCUGUUCGGGCAGAGUGUAUGUUUAGAAUGUAACCAUAAUCAAAGAACUAAUGAAACGCGAGAAAAGCUACGGAAAAAGCUGCAGAAACAACAAAUGAUGAACGACAAACUGUUCAACGAGGAGCGACAAAAACAGCAGCAAAAAGCAGCCAACCCAAAAGCGAUACCAGCAAAAUCCUGCGCCGUAAGCAACGGCGCUAUCACACCGUCUGUGACGACCGGUAAAGCUAGCAACGUGCCUGCUAUUUGCCACACAGUCGCUCAAACUGCAAACAGCAGCAUUAAAACGGUUCCCGACAAGGGAGCCAAAAACAAAGCCACCAAAUCGGCCACAGCCGCAGAUCUGGGUACGGCCAGUAAAGGCACGGAACCGUACUUUAAAUCAAUCGACGACAUUUUGCGCUUUAUCGAGGGAGACGAUUCAUUUAAAGGUGCCAGCUGUAACACGCCAAAAGCUAGCAACAAGUCGAAAGGUGAUCAGAAGCAGCAAGCGGCACCACCGAAGAAGCCAACCGCAACACCCGCAACAAAAGACUCGGACGCGGCGAAGAAAGCGACAAAGUUGAACGAAAGUCUGAAAGCGAUCGCCGAGCUGGAGGUCUUACGGCAGCGAUUAUACGAUUGCCAGAGAAAAGAGCAGCAAGCCCUACAAAUUCUACAACAGCAACAGUCGGGAUUGAGCAAAAAGGAGCGCAAAGAUUUGCCGCUCAAGUUGCAAGCAUACCGGCAAACGAAGAACGAAUUGCACGCAGCCAUCAACGGGCUCGUCACCAGCAUACGAAGCGAAAUACCGGAAUAUUCGUUCAAGCUGGAAGCAUUCGGAGCCCCCGCAACCGGAACCCAAAAGUCACCCGUUCCAGGAAUAGAAGAGACGGGCGGACGGAAAGUAUCCGGACCGCUCGGAGCUAUGCUUCCACCUCCACCAGGUGGAAAAACGGCCAGCAACGUGUGUUCCACGAAGUUUACCAAGCUACAUGAAACGCUAAGCAUUUUCAAGCAAAAGCGCCAGCAGCAUCUAGGCGAAUAUCAGCAGCAGCAAGACCAACUGUUGCAGGAACAUUUGCAACAAUUUAAGCAACAGCAGCUGGGUAGCAACAGCGCCGAUUCUACCGCUCAACAACAGCUGGUAACGAUCAAACGAACCUUUCUACCCCAUCCACAGCCUCAGGUAACGGUUACGGCCAAGGGUGAUUCACCUGACCAAGAUCAAAUACUUUACACGUUCAUCAAUGGGCAGAUAGUUCCAGUUAGCAAUGGAUCACCGGCCGGAGCUGGUACAGAUCUCCAGCACCAAACAUCAAACCCGGCGGCUCCACGUCACGUAUGGCAGCAGGGCAAGGAUAUGCCCGUGCUGCCAAAGCCGGAACCCGGCGAUCCGCUGGCAGAUUUUAGUCAGCAGGAGAAACGUCUCAUCCAGGAGUACGUGGAUCAAUGGUACCAGCAACCGUUGGAACCCAUGAUGGCAGUACCGGAACCGGAUGGGCAAAGCAAACGUGCAUCGGCAAAAGCGAAGAAAAAGUCCGGAACGGGAGGAGAUAACAACCAGCAGCAGCAGCAGCAGCAGCCACCCUUCGACCCGAUGGAGGAAUUCAUAUACAAGCGUAUGAUGCGACGAAGCGCGGAGCUGGUCAAGAAUCUACAAACCGAUCGGAAAGGUGAUCCCGAAAAGCUUUUGCUCGCCCACAAACUUAAGCAAAAUAUGCUCGAUUUUCAUAAGAAUUCACCACCACAGGAAAGGGCGUCUUCGGCAAAAGCAAGCGGUUCUGGGAACAGCAAGAGCAAUAACGUUACUGCGCCACCACCACCACCGCCAACAAGCAAUCCACCCUCCAAGAAGGAACCGGCCACAAAAGCUAAGGCAGAGGUGACAACCGGAGGUGGCAAAAAUAAAAAAGGUAACACCAAGAAGGACAAAAUGAUUGAAGAGGUUGAUGAAAUUGUGGCACGCUUGAAUUUGCUUGAUAGCGAUGAAGAGGAUACGAAACCGUCGAAACACGGUCGGAAGCAAAAGCUAGCGGCAGCAACACAGCCAAAGGUAUUGAAUCGUAAACAAAGUAAAGAUUCCAUCGUUUCCAGCAGUAGUGGUGGUGGUGGGAAUGCGUCAUCCGGUGGUAAGCAGCAGAAUCAAUCGCAAGAAUCGCAAAAGAAGGUAAAGGACACUGCUGCUGCCGGAACGCAACCGAAACGCGUCAAAGAGCACGACGCCCGCACGAAGCCUAUGGUGGAAAAAGCAAUAAUUAAAGACAAAGGUAGUAAGGUUGAAUCGCAGCAACCAGCUUCCAACUCGGUAGAUACAGCAUCGUCAACAGCAGUUGAAACUACCAAAGUCGUUUUGCGUAAGAAAGCGCCUAAAACGUUCAUUGACCCGGAGUUCGAUAAUAACGCGUUCCGGUUGCUAAACAUGGACGAUUCCGAAUCCGAGAUUGAGGAGGAGGAAGAGGAUAAGGAGCAGGACGAAGAGAUUAUUCCGACCGUUGGAAAAGAGGUUCAAGCGGAGGUAUCUGUGCAAGGCAAACAGAAACCUCAAAAAGAAUCCACUCCAGAAAUCGUAACCGGGCAUGACAAAUCGAAAACGCUCGUCCCAGCAACGACACAGAAGGAGAAAAAAGCUUCCCAAAAGAAGGCGCACAUAAAGCAGGAACGAGAAUCGAACCCAUCUGGUAAGCAACAGACGCAAAAGCGCGAUGAUGUUGACAGUACUCCAAAAACGCCGACCCCGACCCAAGAUGCGUCCGAAUCGCGACUAAAGAAACAAACACCGGCCCAAGCAAUGGUGGAGAAAAUUAGUGCCCUGCUCGAUAGUCCCGGGCUGUCGAACCGUCAGCGUAAGCAAAUGAUACGUCAGCUCGAACAGGCCCAGGCAACAAUCCAAUCGCAACUGUUACAAAAUGCGGCCAAAGCCACCAAGGCUAAGGUGCAGGCACAAGCGCAACAAGAAAAGAUUGCCAAUCAAAUGGCGAUGCCGACGAAGGUGGGGGCCGGAAAGGACCAGGCAAGCGGUAAACCAACACGACCAUCCGCCGCAACCAAUGUGGACAAUGGUGGUACUAACGGAGGUACCGGCCCGGCUCGGAACAGUCUAAUGGAGCAGCUGAAACGUGGCAUACGGGCGGAAGGAUUAGAUCUUCCGCCCGGCAUUACGCUAACCCGGCUCGAUGCGAUACAGGCGGAAGCUUUGCGGCUGAAGCGCGAAUCGAUACGGAAGCUCAGCGUACCGGCAAAACCGUUGGUGCCGCCGGUAGAUCCUUCAUCCUCUGCUAUACUGGCCGGUUCGUUCGGUGCUGUUGGUAGUAGCGCAUCAAAUGCUGGCAUGUUUGUCGUUAAUCCUAUGUCACCGAUAGCUAUGCCCGGGCAGGAUUCGGUAAUUAUGGUAAAUACGGGCACAUUGCGGACCCAAGAGCAACCAUCGCCAUUGCUAGAAUCCGCUCAAAAUGGCGCUGAUCGGAAGAAACGCAACAAGCGACGCAAAAACAAAGGCAAAGAUCAGGACACAAACGAUAAUCUUUCCGCUUCCAUCGGUACAGCUGUUUCGGGUGGUGUUGAGGGUGGCCCAAGAGCACCGGGCAGUGCGCCACUUGCCGAAGGAAGCAAUAUUGUUACACUGCGCAAUCCCAUGUUUCACAGCGCUCCGAUGGGACACGGCGGUAUGGCGGGUGGUUUAGGCAUGCAUCCUCCUGGCGUCGGUGCUGGACCCAUGAUGGCAGAUGUACAGGGCGCACGGAUGACGCUCGGGUACGAUCAGCCGGCAAAGAUUUUCAAAAACGAUAACGGCAUGUUUACGAUACGCAAUCCGGCGUUGCACCAUGCGGUAUCGGGCGGUGCACCAUCGGAAGUUACCGGAUUCCGUCCGUUCAAUGCUGCGUACCUGGUGGAGAAUGGAAUUAUGCCACCGUCCGGCACUAUGCAGAAUCCGAUGGGGACGGCAGUACCGCAGGUCACAGCAGCCGUAUCAUCCGGCCCUGGGACAAUCGUACCUGGUAGCACUGGCAUACCGGCUUACCUGCAGCAAUAUCCCGCACCGGCGCUGGAUGAAAGCACGAUGGGACCACGCAAGUGUAAAUCCGUCAUCGGUAGCGAGAUGAAGAAUGCGCAAAAACAAAAACAAAACUCACUGCAGCAGCAGCAGGUUGGCCUCGGUAGUGGAAUGGCGCCCGGAAGAAGUUGGCAGAACAUGAAUGGAAGUACCUGUCAGGACAUCUUCAUUACGCCUUCAUCUUCACCAAGCGCCACGACGAAUGCCGGUGGCCUCGGAGAAUCGUCGCAUUACUCAUCGUUCAACCAUUACAACCUCACCGGACAGGAUCUGCUGCAUGGAACUGGUCCGGCGAGCAGGUAUGGUGGUGGCACUACUGCGGGUAUGAUGGGUCCGCCCGGAUACUAUCACGGCGGGGGUAAUGGUGCAUCGGUCCUGACUAAAGGUUCGCCCAGUGUGAGUGCGAUCGGUUCGGAACGAUCGCAUGGUCUGUCGUAUUUGGGCGGUGGCGGUGCUGAUGUAUCCAGCACUUUGGCGACACACUGUUGCGACGAUGAGGCACCGAGCGCGUUCUUUAAUGGCAACAGUCUCGGCAGCUUAGCAACGGGAACGUUAAGCAGCCGAACCCGGUACGAUGAUCUUGCAUUCUUGCAAAACUUACAGCCAGGCCAGCGGCUCAACAGUGAGGUUACCAUACAUAGCAUCAACGAGUCGAAAAUGCGUCGUCAACAGGCACAAAACUACACGCACGACAUUCAAAUCACGGCCAUACCGGCACCGUCACCUCCUGUUGGAGGAAGAGGAGUGGGGGCAAUGGGAGCGCCAGUUGUGCCAAGCACCGUGUCACUGCAGCACUUGAUGCAACAAGCACACCAGGUGCAUCAUGAACAGCAGACCCAGGACGCUCAGCUGCACCGUUCCGAUCUCAGUCCCGGUUCCGGUUCAGUAGGAUCUGGCAGCGGUUCCGGUACCAGGACCGGUGUCGCGUUAACCGAUUUCAUGGACAGUCGAGUGUCCGGCGGUGGUAGCAGCUCGUCCACGUCUGCCGAUCUGUUGGCUUCUUCGCUCGAGCUGGACGCGAAAACCUUUUUGCGCGAGUAUCAGCUAGGCCAGCUGCAGCAGCAGAUGCAAGAUUUGCAGCUACAAUCACUACAGCAGCAACUAUCGGGAGAAUUCGGAGAUAACGUGUUCGCAACGAAGCAACCGAGCGUUAGUGUGGCUGACCAGGAUUCGAACGAGCGGGAUCGGGAAUCGGUUGACCGUUUGAACUAUUUCUUUAACGCAGCGGGUGUCGGUAGCAUGAAACUAAACCAUAAACCAACCGUGCAUAAUGCGUCAGCCGCAAACAAUACAACAGCGGAGCCAGUAUCCGCAAGCAUUGCGGUGGAUGAUGGCGAGCAAAACAAUCCUGGAGGUGUUAGUAUCGGUGGCGAGGAGCUGCAACGACCGCAGCAACCACCAAUCGGAACACCUUCCAGCAAGAGUGUUCAGCAGCAAAGGUUACAGCACAAUGGGACACCGAUCUCAACAGCCAGUAGCAUACUGUACCCGGCCACUGCCGACAGUCCAGCCUCGUCCGUGUCCGUUUUCGAUGGCAUCUCGUCGUCUCUGAGCAGCCAGGCACAUUCGAUCGACGAUCUUUACACCGGUCUGCUGGUAACGGCUUCACCGCCCACAUCGAUCUCCGGCAGUAACGAAGGGCCCGUAUGUAACACGAACCUUCUAAACUCUCAGCUGAACGUAAAUGAAUUGCAUCAACAGGUGAGUUCCGACACGGUGCCGUCAUUGGGCGUUAGUGCGUAUGCAUUGUCGAACGUAAAUGGUCUAUCCGAAAUACAGCAACAGGUGUUCUGA